AUGGCUUUACACACCGAACCAUUAGAACAAGAAGACCAAGAUUCUAUCAUCUUAGAUGCCAGAGCCGGUGAUUUGGAAUCGCUUCAAGAAAUCUUCACAACGUUGAUUGACCCAAAAUUGCUCACUACAUGCCGUGAUUCUAGUUCUAAAUCAUCUGCUUUACACAUGGCUGCGGGAAAUGGACAUCUGGAAGUUGUCAAAUACAUAACUUCCUUAAUUGACUCAGAGGAAAGGGAGAAAUUUGUCAAUAUUCAAAAUGAAUCAGGUAAUACGGCAUUACAUUGGGCGUCAUUGAACGGUAAAUUGGACGUUGUACAAUACCUAUGUGAUGAGUGCAACGCUGAUCCAUUUCUUAGGAACCAGUUUGGCCAUGAUGCUAUCUUUGAGGCUGAAAAUAACGGUAGAGAAGAAAUUGAAACUUAUUUCCUAAAGAAAUACGAUGUUGAACCAGAAAGUGACGGCGAAGAAACUGCUCCAGAACAAAUCAAAAUUACUGAAGGUACGGAAUCCGAACAAGUAACCAAAGAUGCUACCGAGGCAUUAAGACAACAUACUGAAAACUUGAGCAUCAAUAAUUGA